ACGAGUCGACCUCGCGCGAUGUCCGGAGAGCAGCAGCCGCUUCUAGAGCCGCGGUCGUCGGACGGCCUGCGCCUCUCGGCUCUGUGGCGGACCGACUCGAUGCACGAAGGUAAACCGCCGAUACCGCCAUUAGCCGGCGCGAGUCCGCUCAAGCGAGCGCCAAUCGGUCUCACAACGGCCGCGGCCCGCCAGCAGCUCUUGGCGGCCAUCGAAUCGCAGCUCUUGUCGUCGUCGGAAGCGCAGCGCAACCCGCGUGGCCUCUUCUUUGGCAUCGUCGACACGUCCAUGCUGCUUUUGCUCCUGUGCAGCGCGACGCGGUACGCUGCGUACGGCUGGAAUGCGCAACGGCGGGCCGCGAACGGCGAGACGUCGCGCUACACGGAGCUGUUUGAAGGUCUCUUCCUUAGCAUCGCGGCGCUUCUCAAUGGCCUCUUGAACACAGCGCUCUCCCGACGCGACCGGCGCGAAGUGGCCGAGCGCGUUCGGUACGCCGUCAAGGUGCUCUACAAAGCGUCGUCGCCGACGAGCCCCAAAGAGUCGCGCAAGGACGCGAAAUUGUCGCCGUCGUCGUGCUACGUGGCAUGCUACCGCGACUCGCAGUGGCAGUCGAUGCCCAUGAACCUUCUCGUCGACGGCGAUGUGAUUGCGCUCAUGAGCGGCGACGUCGUCCCAGGUCAAGUCCGCCUACUGUACCCGACGUCGUCGACGCCGAUCUUGUACACGCGCGGGCAAAAGGUCGACGCGUUCUCAUCGACCAACUGCGGGACCGAGUCGCCGCGCAUCGACGCGACCUUCCAGCCCGACGUCAUCUUGCAUCUCUGCGGCGACAUGCACGUCUUUGUCAUGGAAGAGACGCCAGUGCUCCAGGACAUUUACAACUCGAUCUUCAACGUGUCGCGGCCGUCGACUGCGCUUCAGACGCUCCAGGACGCUGGCCACGUCUGUGCCCGCUAUACGUGCGCUCUUUUUGCGUGCAUUCUUCUCGGGUGCAUCGUCGGGCGCGCCUGGGUGCUGCCGGAGCCGCUGCACCACGCAGUCAACCACCUCUGCCUCGGGCCCGUCGGUCUCCUCCUCUGCUUUGUGUCGCUGCACGCCCCGUUUGUAUGGUUUCUCGGCGAGGCAGCAGCCACCGCGCACCUUCUCACAGCGUUCGAAGCCAUUUUGGCCGCCGAGCAAACCACGUCAUUUCAAGCGCCGUUGGACGAAGACGACAUGGACGUCUACGACGUGGAGGAGCGCGAGCAGUUCCGCUCAAGCAAGCUCCAGAAGGCCUUUACGGUCGAGCGGUCGUGGUAUUACUUUUGGUCGACGCUCCAGUUUCGCUGCAUGGACUGUACCGACGCGCACCGGACGCGGUACCACAACGGCAAGAAGAGCAAGCUCACGAUUCCGUACUCGGGGCUGCGGUUGCUCGAGCGCCUCGGCAGCACAACCAUGCUGUGCUGCUUUGAUGAUGACAUUUUGUGCGAAGACGCGCCCUGUGUCGAAGAGAUCUUCCUUCUCAACGACGAAGCGACCAACUCGACCGUGCUCGACUUGCACCCGGAAGCAUCGUGCGCGACAGGCCUCAAAUUUGAGGACCCAAAGUGGCGCUUGCACCUGCCGUCGCUCAAGCCAUUGGGCCUCGCGAUCUUGCUCAACGACUGCGAAGACCCCAAGACCGAGUACUUGAGUACGCUGCGGCACCUCUCGACGCCACCGACCGGCGUCGACGUGCAACUGAGCCACCAAGCGGACAUUCAACAGUGCUUGCUGCAGCUCUCGGGGCAUGUGCGCUUGCUGCCGUACCCGCGGCACCUCCUCAACCUCGCGCGCGAGAUUGGGUUUCAGCCGGCCGACUUGGACAAAUUCCAGCGACGGCGGUCGAUACACGUCAUAGCCCCGCGACUCGCGAUCGAAGAGCACACGACCGACCACCAUGCGCAAGGCCAGGAAGACACGCGGUACCGCGGGUAUCUCAAGACGCACUUGUACACAAACAUCGUGCUCGACAAGCGGUCGCAUGGCCACCAGCUCCUCUCGCGCGGCCACCCGUCGCUGGUUGUAUCGCAGUGCGGCGAGUACUGGGACGGCAAGUCGAUUUGUCCGCUCAGCAGCGAGAAGCGCCGGCUCAUCCUCGACAUGUACAACCAGUGGCGUGUCGAGGACCUCGACUGCGUCGCCCUAACGUAUGCGCCGGUGGCGCAAAAGUUCAAUUCUCUCUUUGCGUCAAGCGCCGGGACGCUGCCGUCGGUGUUUCUCGUCGAAGACCAUGCGGCCGGUGAGCUCACGAUGGACCCGAAGCAACCGUGGACGUCGACCUCGUCCCCCGCGCGCACCCAAUCGACCGAGCCGCGCUUUGCCGGCGCCCACAUGAGUCCCACGACGCCGCACCAACGGUACCCGGUGCACUGGAACAAUGACGGCGCGUCGUCGACAGGCCACGCGGGCGGCGACGACCUCUGGAAGCUCCAAGAAGACCAGAUUUUUCUCGGCAUGGUAGCGUCCGGCGUGCAGCCGCGCAAGGGCAUCGUCGACCUCAUCGAAGACCUCACGGCGUCGGGCGUCCGCUUCGUGUACUUUUCACCGCGCAACAUGCGUCGGUCCAAGCUGCUCGCGGAGAAGAUGGGCAUCGAAACCGACUGGAACUGCGCCAUCAGCCUCCGCGACUCGGAGGGCCCAGACCCCCACCGUAUGACGUCCAACUAUUCGGACUGGGACGUCAAAGCCCGCCUGCCGCACGGUACGGCGGCGAUUCGUCGGCACCUCGAGACCGUCGACAACGUGCCGCUGUUGGUGUCGCUGUAUACGGACAGCACGCCCGAAACCAUCGAAGAGAUGAUUGGCAUCUUCCAGGAGAACCACGAGGUGGUCCUCGGCGUCGGCACGUCGCUCCGUGAGAGCAACGUGCCGCUCUUCUCGAAAGCGGACCUUGCCGUCGCGUUUGAGGGUAACCCGAAAACGCUCUUUGGCGACGAACUCCCCAAGGGACCGUUCUUGCCUGUGUUCUCGGACGCCGACAUGGAGCUGAGUCAGAUCUUGAACACGCUCACGUGCUGCUUUACCGUGCGGGACUUUGGCCUCUCGCGCGCGUCGCCGGUCGUGCUCAUCGAGCUCCUUCGUCUCGGGCGACUGCUCUUGACCAACUUUACGCAGCUCGUGACGUACAUCUUUGUCAUGCAGCUCUUUGUCGCAACCGUCUUGGUGCUCGCGUACCUCGCGCCGUUCCCAGAAGUCGCGCAGCUCAGCGUCCUGUCCAUACUAUGGCUGCUCUGGCUGCUCGUGCCGACGCUCUCGCUGUGCAUGCUCUCGUCGCCGCCGCACCGCGCGCUCAUGUCGCGCACGCCGCCCAAGAACGAGCCGCUCGACUGGAGCGAAGUGCCCGUCUCGCGCAUUUGCGUUUACUUUGCACUGCGCUACUUGCCGUCCUCGCUCUUUGUGCUCUGUCUCUUUCAGUGCUUCUUUGGCCUCUCGCUGCGCAUGACGGCCCUGCUCCGCGGCGACCCGAGAGCUCUCGAGAGUGCGUGGUGGGACCAUGCGUGGCGCGACGACGCCUUGUUCAUCCACCCGCGGCCGCCGGCCAUCAACGCGGCUUUGGACCGCGCGGAAGGCAUGAUGCUCUUUGGGGUUGGUGUGUUUGCGAUCGUGACGAGCAGCGGGCACCUCUACCGCUCUGACAGCCUCGUUGCCGAGUCGCCGCUGCGCAACCGGCCAUGGCUGCUCGCAUGCGUCGUGCUCUUGCUCUUGCAGAUGGCGAUAUCGGUGCUGCGCAUGGGUCGCGUCGGCGUCGACGGUGUGAGCCUCGACGUCUUUCUGAGCCAUGUCCCGUGGUACUGCUGGGUCGCGCUUGGCGUGUGGCCGCUGCUUGUCGUGUUGAUGGACGAACUGGUGAAAGCUCACGACCACAAGCUCAUCGUGCGCUACUACAAGUUUAUGCGCAUGCAGUUCGACACGCGUCUCGGGAUGUGGAGUCCGCGCUAAGGACGAAUCGUAUACGAGUCGACAACACCCGAAGUGUCGAUUUGCUUUGUCGUUUACGGUGUGUUAGGUGUAGGGUUAUCCACGGGGUGGCUUGGUG